AUGGCCUCCAAAGCUGUUUAUUCGCACAGAGAUCCUAUGCUGAAGAAAAGAGAUGACUUGAGAUAUGCUGAGGAGAGGAGGAACUCCAGUGACCUGAGAUAUGCCCUCAGAUGUUACACUCCUGUUCUCUAUAAAGGAUUGACUCCAUGCAAAGCCAGCGAACUAAAGCGAAUGGUGCUGCAGUCUGAUCAGCUGCGUUAUGUCAUCAAUCAGGUUUGUAAAGAGACAGACAUGACUACAGAUGAAGUCGCUGGGGAGGCGGCAGCCAUCUUGGAGGAGAUGGCGCACCGCUUGCAGCUCAGCACAGUUCGCUUCUUCGCCUUCACUCUCACCAAAGUUUUCAAAACCUUGUUCAGGAGCAUCUGCGUUAAUGAAGAGGGCAUCCAGAGACUCCAGCAGGGCCAUUCACAACCACCCGGUAGUACUCCUACGAGUCACCGCAGCUAUGACUUCCUGCUGAUGUCAUACAUUUUGUACACCUAUGACCUGGCUCUACCUGUUAUUGCUGCUGGCAUGGUAUUUCCCUGCAGACUUCAUGGGAUGAAGGUUGUUGGGGAGAUGCUGCGGAUGUCUGGAGCUUUCUUUAUUCGGAGGUCUUUUGGUGGAGAUAAAUUGUACUGGGCUGUCUUCUCUGAGUACGUCAAGAUUAUGGUCAAGACUGGUUAUGCACCGCUUGUUUUCUUAGAGGGCACCAGAAGUCGAACAGCCAAGUCUUUGACUCCAAAGUUGGGUCUGUUAAAUAUAGUGAUGGACCCGUUUCUUAAAGGGGAAGUGUUUGACGUUAGCUUGGUCCCAGUCAGUAUCAGCUAUGAGAGGACUCUGGAGGAGGCGCUCUAUGCCAGGGAAUUGCUGGGCAUACCAAAACCCAAAGAAUCCACUUCGGGCCUGUUUAAAGCCAGAAAUCUCAGUGAAGACUACGGCAGCAUCCACGUCUACUUUGGUCAGCCUGUGUCUGUGAGAAGUUUAGCUGAGAGCAGAGUUAAACCGCAGCAGUUCAACCUGAUACCAAGACACAUCCCCAUGAGACCCAGCGAGGAACUCCUCAGCUUUGUGAACGAUUCAGCCUACAGGUUGGUGCGGGCCCAGGAGGAGAACAUGGUCCUGAAGCCUUGGGUCCUUCUGGCCUUUGUGCUGCUCCAGAACCAGGCGGACGGGCAGAGUCGAGGGACAGCACUCGAUGAGCUCACUGAACAAGCAGCGUGGCUCAGGGACCUCUCUCGUCAGUAUGGAGCCUUCCUCCACUGGCCGGACCACAUACCUCAUUCUGAGGUUGUUGCCUCCAGUCUUUCCCUUCAUCGAGGUCUAGUACGGAUCUCUGAGGGAAGAGUCCAGCUGGCGUUGGAACAAGUAGGAGGUCAACAGGGGCCGGGAGAGACUCACAGUGCCAUUACUCCAGAAGAGGAACUCCUGAGCAAGGCAGUCGUCAUACUCUCCUGCGUCUCCUACAGGAAUCAGGCAUUACACAUCUUCAUCCGACCGGCCCUGCUGGCCUCAGCCAUCCACUCUGCUGCUUCUAACAGGAAACAGGAGAUCUACAACAGGUUCAGCUUUCUGAGAAACAUCUUUUCCAACGAGUUCAUCCUCUGUCCAGGUGCUACUCUGCAGGACUUUGAGGAGGCCUGUUACCUGCUGCUGAAGACCGGAACUCUGCAAAUUAACCAGCAGGAGGUUCUGAUAACGGACAGAGGGCACAGGACUUUGGCCUUCCUCACCAGUGUUCUCGAUCCAUUCCUACAAGGAUAUCAGGUAGUGUGUAGGUUCCUGUGUGAAGAAGAGGGUCUGGCAGAAAAACAGUUUAUUCCUGGUGUCCGGAAGUUUAUCAUCAAGCAUCUUCUUACAGGUACAGUAAGAUACAUUGAGGUGUUGUCAUCGGACCUACAGAAGAACGCUCUGGCAGCUUUGAUAAGACUUGGAGCUGUGCGGAAAAUCAAAGGAGGAGAAGAACAGGGAACUUUAAAGCUCAACAAGGUGAUGUUGAGCUCCUUGGAAGACACUCUUGAAGGAAAACUCCCUACUCAGAAAUCUGUUGUUGCUCGCCUCUAAUUCAACAACCUCAGUAGCCAAAGGGCAUCGAGGAUGGUCCGCGCAAUGUGCCGGUGUUGCGCUGCUCCACGCGGUUUGGUACGAAUCGUCCGGGUCUACCUACGGCUUUCUGUGAGAGAUGGAACAAAAAAUGUGCCAUCUGGAGACAGCUCAACCCUGCUUCUAGAGUUUUCUUCUCUCCUCGCCUCUUUUCAAAAUGCUUUUUUUUUUCUUCUUUUUUUUUUCCCCCUUCUCAGACUUUUAAAAACCUUUUUAUGAAUCUACAUAAAACCACAUGAUGAGUGGAGCCUUUGAAGGUACACUGCUAAGCUUCUUUGGCUCAUUUUGAAUAACUGACCUUUUUCAUAUGAGCGGCCUUGUGAAAGCUUCUGUGCCAUCUUCACUCAGCACAGGGGCCAUUCUCUGUUAAUGCAUUUGAAAUGUGUUCCUAACUCUGAUUGUGGCUCUUAUGUUUCUCUGUUUGCUCUUUCAUUCAAGCUUUAUAUUCGUCCGUUAGCUGUUUAGUCACUCCUAUCCUUUUGAGCACUUUAACAAAUGUAUUCAUGCUAUGUGGUGUGGACCUCUAUCCUAAUUGUAUGUUGUGGUGCUGUUUUUUUUUAUUUAUUUUUUUGGCUGUGUUUUCUCAUAUUUGAACUUCGGGUAAAGUUUUAGCACCAGAUACCACAGUUCCUGCUUCAGGUUUUCUACCCAUCCUCAGGCCUUUUGCCAACACUCCAAGCUACACGGGCAGGAAGUACAUGUCUUUGUUUACACAGUAGAGUCCAAUGCCAGGAUCAUCAAGUUGCCAAACUCAAUAUAAAAUUGAAGUUAUACUGAAGCACUACCAGCUAUACCAAAGCAGCAUGUUUGUGGGAAUUUAAAUUCUCAAGCUUAUUUAGGUUAAAAUAUCUGAAAGGGGAUUAAUUAUUCAACCUUUAUUCAUAUUUUUAAAAGCGAUGCAGACUGGUUAUGUACUUAGAAAGGAAGAAAGGGGAAAGACAAGGAAAUUCAGAAGGAAGGAAUUUUUGUGGUUUUUUUUUUUUUUUUUGGAAAUCAAAGUUUGAGGUAAAAUGAGGUUUGUUAGUUUAUUAGGUUGAUUCUUAUCUGUGCACUCCUGCCACCAAUUUAUCAGCAGCAAAUUUGAGAUGUUGCUGGAAGAUUCUUUGGAGGCAAAGAAAAAAGGGCAAUGCCAAACGUGUGUGUGUUGGCACAGGUUACAAAUUUUGUCAAAAUUGCCAUGUUUGAGUUGAAACUUAAAAAGAUUUAAGCACAUUUUUAAAUAAUCUUGUUAAAGGUUCCUGUGAACUUUGAUGGGGAAACAAAAAAGCACCUAAUUUAGGUUUGUUGUAAAGAAAUCCACAAAUGUCAAAAAAUAGAGACUGGUGCUAUAUUGGUGGAAUUUGAGUAACUGUGCUCCUAAAAAUCCAAAUUAAAAAAACCCACAAAAUUGUGAUAGAAUUUAUAAGGCCAAACUAAUAAAACCCUGAUACACAAGCAGCUUUCUGUGAUGCAAGGAAAAGUUCUGACUGAACCGUACUGCAAAGGAAGACUGGGAACUCUCCAAGAUACACUAUACUGCCAAACGUACUGGGCCACCUGCACAUUACACCUAUGGGACCUGCUCGAUUAUGGAAAGCCAUGCCAUGAAGCUCCCGGAGCACAGUUUUUGUGCUGAUGUUAAUGCCAGAGGAGGUUUGCAACUUUAUUAAGCCAGCAGAGUGUUGGCGACUUUUUCAUGCACUAUGUGCCUCAGCACCCCUGCUCUGUCACUUUAUGUAGUCGCUGUUUUGUUACAGACCUUGCUGCUGUGGUUCCUAAACACUUUGAUUUUGCAAUACCACUGAGUUGAUCUUGGACUAUCUAGGAGGGAAGAAAUUUCACAAAGUGACUUGUUGCAUCUCUGGCAACCUAUUGUAGCACCAUGCUUACAAAUGUUUGUAAAGGCAGACUAUGUGGCUGGCUGCUUAAUUUGAUACACCUGUGGCAAUGGGACUACAUGAAACACCUGACAGAUUAAGAGGUGUGGCCCAACACCUUCGUCCAUAUACUGUCAGAUUUUUCUGCUUUAGCCAAAACACAAAUCGCAAUAUCUUCAAACUUUUCUGCAACAACUUGUUUAUUCAGCUUUAUUUGUUCACCCAUUAUCCAAAUGUUGAGCUUGUAAAACUUGAAGCGAACUUAAAGUAGCUCUGCAACAAAGAAAAGUUGGUAGAACAACAACCUGCAAAAGUUCAUGUAUUUGUGUUUGAAUUGCUUUGUUUCCUCAUUUGAGUAACGGCUGUUACAUAAUGUCUAAAGAUCUGAUUUCUUUGUGUGCAUUUACAGUUAAUAGCCACGUUAUUAGGUGCACUGAUGAAAUCUAAUUCAUCUGAAU